AUGCAUUUUCUAUUUAAGUUCUUGGUAAUUGGAAAUGCAGGAACUGGCAAAUCGUGCUUACUUCAUCAGUUUAUUGAAAAGAAAUUUAAAGAUGAUUCAAAUCACACUAUAGGUGUGGAGUUUGGUUCAAAGAUAAUAAAUGUAGGUGGCAAAUAUGUAAAAUUACAAAUAUGGGAUACAGCAGGACAAGAACGAUUCAGGUCUGUGACAAGAAGUUACUACAGAGGUGCAGCAGGAGCUCUACUAGUCUAUGAUAUUACCAGUCGAGAAACCUAUAAUGCACUUACUAAUUGGUUGACAGAUGCAAGAAUGCUAGCAAGUCAAAAUAUUGUCAUAAUACUCUGUGGGAACAAAAAAGAUCUGGAUGCAGAUCGUGAAGUUACUUUCUUAGAAGCUUCCAGGUUUGCCCAAGAAAAUGAACUUAUGUUUCUGGAAACAAGUGCAUUAACGGGGGAGAAUGUUGAAGAAGCCUUUGUUCAGUGUGCAAGAAAAAUACUCAAUAAAAUUGAAUCAGGUGAACUGGAUCCAGAAAGAAUGGGCUCAGGUAUUCAAUACGGAGAUGCUGCCUUAAGACAGCUCAGAUCCCCACGUCGAGCACAAGCUCAAAGUGCUCAAGAAUGUGGCUGUUAAAUUUUUGGACACUUUAGAAACCUAAGCUCUAAAUACAAGUGAUAUUUGGGAAGCAACUGAUUGAUGAAGCUUCAAGGUUCUGCCGUUUUUAUCACGAUCUUUCCACUCUGUGUCUGAAGUAGACCAUUGCUGGGAGGGAAAAAAAACAAGUACUUCAAAGUGUUAUGCAAGAUAGUCAGUAUGGCACAGCAGAUUAUAUAUAAUAAAUCUAAUUCAAUGGACAAUACAAUUAGAUGUAUACAUAGAUGUAAAAAUUUUCUGUUCACAUCUUCCCUUUCACCUUUCAUUUAAACAUUGCUGUAUCCUGCCUGUAUAUACUGUAGUGCAGUAAGUUUCCAAAGCAUGGUAUAUGAUGUACGGUAUAACAGAAUGUUGCACUAAAUGCAGUUUAAUAUUUUUUUUAAUCAUAUGAACUAAAAUUUGUUAAUUGUGAGGAGUGCUUUUUAUCAUCAUGUUUGUGUUGUAUUGCACAUUUGGUUAUAUUUAUGACCUGAAAUACAAAGCCACUGGCAUUGAUGGCCGGUGUAUUUCCUAUUUAAUUUUUUUGCCACAUGCUACACAAUGUUUACGUGAUUUACACUUGAAAUACAACGAGGUCAUUACUUUAAAAGUUCACUAAUAUAAGAAAAUAAAAUUGGAAAAUGAUUUUUCCAUUGAAAA